AUGCCAGGUGUUUCUCAACGAAUGGCUAUCGAAAUCAAACUCGAUGUCGAUGUCGAUGUCGGGGAAACUCAAUUGCUCACCCUCUUCCGAAGCCGAUUAGGCUCCCUCUCCAACACACUAUACCUGCAACUCCCCCGUCGACUCAGCAAUCGGCGAAUCGACCACGAGCCAGGGCUAAAACCGCGUGCAUCGGACUUGGCCGCGGACCCGGCCCCCGAUCCUGAUCCCGGGGAUAAGUGCUGA